AAUCUCCCUUUCUCUCUCCUAAAACUAUUAUCUCCUCUGCUCGGGCUUUUGUGUGGUCAUCAACUCUGCUUCUUUCUCUCUCUUUCUCGUUAUCUCUUCAUUCCUUCCCAAAACCCCUUCUCCUCUCCGACUCCCGACUCACCAGAAUCGCCUCCCGUUUCUCUCCACCGACUCAGGAAUCAAAAUCCCCUCAUCGAUUCCUCACUUCUCUCUCGAUUUCCCUAUCGCAAUUCGCUUCAAUUCCAUGCAAUUCCGAUUCUCCCGCUAGAGAUGGCAUCUGCACCGUCGAUGUCCGUUGCUAUGGAAUGCGUGAAUCUCUGUAAGCUCUCGAAAGGCGUUGGCAGCAGUAGUGAUGGCGGUGGCGGAAGCAGCGGGAGGUAUGAGUGCAGCGUCUUGUCGUGCGCGUGGAAGGCGCCGCGGGUCUUGACUGGGUUUCUCGCGAGCACGACGCAGCCGCAGUGCCUGUCGCUGCAUGAUGGUGGGCCUGGACGGAGACACCGUCUGCCCCGGGCGAAAUCGUAUGGCUGGAGAUAUGAAGACCCCAAUGCGGGUGACUGGAAUUCCCCAGAAGCUGUUGAUCUUGCACUCUUUGGAAGAUUCACUAAAUCAAGUGUGCUUCAUAUUGCUUGUAAAGAGUGGAAAUUGUGUUGUUCUUCCUCUUCUUCAGAAUCAUCCGAUGCAAUUUCUCCUGAAACACUGUGGGAGGACCUGAAACUGACCAUUGAAUAUCUUCCACCAGAAGAAUUAAAGUUGGUCAAUAAUGCUUUGAAGCUGGCAUUUGAAGCUCAUGAUGGACAAAAAAGACGAAGUGGAGAACCUUUUAUCAUUCAUCCUGUUGAAGUUGCACGAAUUCUAGGAGAGCUUGAAUUAGAUUGGGAAUCCAUUGCUGCUGGAUUAUUACAUGAUACUGUUGAAGAUACGGAUGUUGUUACGUUUGAAAGAAUUGAAAAAGAGUUUGGGGCUACGGUACGCCACAUUGUAGAGGGAGAGACUAAGGUAUCCAAACUGGGUAAACUGCAAUGUAAAGAUUCAAAUGAGUCAGUACAAGAUGUGAAAGCUGAUGAUCUACGGCAAAUGUUUCUCGCCAUGACAGAAGAGGUCCGUGUUAUCAUUGUGAAAUUAGCUGACAGGUUACAUAACAUGCGUACUCUCUCGCACAUGCCUCCACAUAAGCAGUCCAGCAUUGCCUUGGAGACAUUGCAGGUCUUUGCUCCUCUAGCAAAGCUACUAGGAAUGUAUCAGAUUAAGUCAGAACUGGAAAAUCUGUCUUUCAUGUAUACAAAUGCUCAUGAUUAUGCUGAGGUCAAGCGAAGAGUUGGAGACCUUUAUAAAGAGCAUGAAAAAGAAAUUGCAGAGGCAACGAAAAUUUUGAUGGAGAAAAUUGAGGAGGAUCAAUUCCUAGAGCUUAUGACGGUCAAAACAGAAGUGCGCUCUGUAUGUAAGGAACCUUACAGUAUCUAUAAAGCUGUACUCAAAUCUAAAUGUUCAAUAAAUGAGGUCAACCAAAUUGCGCAGCUUCGUGUUAUUAUAAAACCAAAGCCAUGCCUCGGAGUUGGACCUUUAUGCAGUGGACAGCAGAUAUGUUACCAUGUUCUUGGGCUUGUUCAUGAGAUCUGGACACCUAUUCCUCGAGAUAUGAAAGACUAUAUUGCAACUCCAAAACCUAAUGGCUACCAAAGUCUUCAUACCACUGUGAUACCAUUUUUGUACGAGAGCAUGUUUCGACUAGAAGUGCAGAUACGGACCGAAGAGAUGGAUCUGAUAGCUGAGCGAGGCAUUGCUGCUCACUACAGUGGGAGAGGAACUGUUGCUGGUUUGGUAAGGCAUGGCACAUCUACUAGUAGAAAUUCAAGAGGGAAAUCAACCUGUCUGAACAAUGCAAAUAUUGCUCUCAGGAUUGGCUGGCUUAAUGCUAUUAGGGAGUGGCAAGAGGAGUUCGUUGGGAACAUGAGUUCUAGGGAAUUCGUUGAUACUAUCAUGCGGGACCUGUUGGGGAGUCGUGUCUUUGUGUUUACUCCAAAAGGAGAGAUAAAAAACCUGCCUAAGGGGGCAACAGUGAUUGAUUAUGCUUAUCUAAUACAUACAGAGAUUGGCAACAAAAUGGUGGCUGCAAAGGUCAAUGGUAAUCUUAUCUCUCCAACGCAUGUACUUGCAAAUGCCGAAGUUGUUGAGAUAAUUACAUACAAUUCUCUGUCAAGCAAAUCUGCUUUCCAGAGGCAUCAGCAGUGGUUGCAACAUGCUAAGACCCGUAGCGCGCGGCACAAGAUUAUGAAAUUCUUAAGGGAGCAAGCUGCACUUUCUGCUACUGAAAUUACGGCAGAUGCAGUAAAUAACUUUGUGGCCGAUAUUGAGGAUGAGAGUGAGUCGGAACUGGUCUUCUCAGAUUCUUCCAAAGAAAGCAAUUCUAUGUGGAAGAAAAUACUCAUGAAUGUUGCGGCAUUAUCUACUAUGAAGAGAAAUAACGAAGACGUGCUGCAUGUUGGAAAUAGUGCUAGCAUCCCAAAGGUCAAUGGGAAACACAACAAGAAGGUGCAGCAAAUGAGUUUGAAGGUCAACGGAGAGAUAUUAUCUCAGGGAAAUGGUAUCGCAGAGGUUAUUCAUGCCAACAUUCCAAUGUAUAAGGAGGUGUUGCCUGGUUUAGAAAGCUGGCAAACUGGGAAAGUCGCCUCAUGGCACAAUCUUGAAGGGCGCUCAAUUCCGUGGUUGUGUAUAAUAUGCAUCGACCGAAGAGGCAUGAUGGCUGAAGUUACAUCAGUGUUGACUGCUGCCGGGAUUAAAAUAUGUUCUUGUGUGGCAGAGAUUGACCGAAGAAGAGGUAUGGGGGUGAUGCUAUUUCACAUUGAGGGGAGCUACGACAGCCUGGUAAAUGCAUGCUCGAGUGUGGAUUUGAUCCUCGGUGUUCUGGGAUGGUCUACUGGUUGUAGCUGCUGGCCAAGCUCACUGGACAGUGAACACUUUCUCGAGUGCUAAUCUAUGAAACCAAAUGGUGAG